UCUCACGCUUAUCUUUUGUGAUCCACAGAGCUGUAAAGCAGAGCUGUUUCAGUUGUUGAAAAGCUAGAGCUUACUCUUAGUUAUCUCUUUGAUUUCAUUUGCAUUGGUACAGAAAAUAUAUUAAAUGUUAAGCAGUUAUUAUUUUUCAGACUGCCAUUAAUAGUUUGCCAUUAUUAUUGCAUUUUUAUUAAAUCAUGGGUCUUGGGAAAGUGCAAGAAGUCAAGAUAUGUUUAGAUCGUGGACUUGAUGGCAAUGUUCCAGUCUACUGUAGUGGCGAGUUUGUCACAGGAAAGGUGAUUUUAGUGCUCAGUGGAGAAAUCAAAGUAAAAUACUUAGAAAUUCGAGCUAAAGGCAAAGCAAAAGUACGAUGGACAGAAACCACACAUACUGGAAAAAGAACUCACACUACCACCUACUCAGAUGAAGUAGAAUUCUUUAAUAUCAAGUGCAUCUUACUAGGGCAAGAAAGAGAAAGUGAUCGGGCAGUGGAUGGUCCUCUCAUUUUAAGUCCAGGACAGCAUGAAUAUGCAUUCAGCAUUCAGAUCCCACAAAGUGUUCUGGUGCCUACCUUCGAAGGUGAAUAUGGCAGUGUGAGGUAUGACGUUAAAGCAGAACUGCACAGGCCUUGGCAUUUGGUUUCAACUUCAAGUUCAGACUUCACCAUUUUUCAACACUUUGCUGUCAAUACUCCGGAACUGAUGGUAAGAGCUAUUACAAUAUUUUACCUGGUGGUAGUCAGCCUUUGCAUAUUUGUUGUGCUAAAAAAGUCAGCUCCAGAAAGAAAUCUGUACUGCAGAUCAUGA